GCGAAGAGCCUUGGAUACGAGUGCUUCGGCCCUGACCACACGCGACAAGGGAAUUUAAUAAUUAGACCGGCCGCGCUGUAAACGAGUCGCAGCCUCAGCAAUUUCUGAAGCCAUAACGUCAUCGCAAAACCCAGACAUUUUUGGUUUUACAAAAUGGCACGCAUAAGAGAAGGAGUUCUAGUCUUUCUUGCGCUUGGAGUUUGGUCAGCAGCAAGCAUUCAUUAUGCGAGCGACGUGCCGGUGACCGAGUACCCGUUCGGAACGACCGGUACAGUGGCGAGCGGUGGCUGCUGCCACUGCCGUUUCAAUGACACGGCCUACAUGAACGUCGCCUGCGGCAGGCUCACCUCCUUCAUGACCAUGCUCCAGGCCCUGAUGAUGGCCAGGUGCGACAUCUCCGACCCCUGCAGACGACUCGGCACCGAUGUCGUGCCUCACGAGGAAUGGUUCGACUUCAUAGUGGUGGGUGCAGGCGUGGCGGGUCCGGUGAUAGCCAAGCGGCUGAGCGACUACCGCUGGUGGCGGGUUCUGUUGGUCGAGGCCGGACCGGAAGAACCAUCGCUCACCGCGCUUCCUGGACUGGCGUUCAACGCGAUAAACUCCUCUCUCGACUGGCGCUACUUGACCGAGCCAACCGAGCCCCAUCCCACCGCCUGUCUCGAAAGCGGCGGCGUGUGCGCGUGGCCGCGUGGCAAGAUGGUCUCAGGCACCGGCGGCAUGUACGGCAUGAUGUACGCGCGGGGCCACCCUUCGGUUUACGACGAUUGGGCUCGCCAGGGUAACCCCGGCUGGAGCUACAAGGAGCUGGAGGAGUACUUCGAUCGCGCCGAGAACCCUAUCAACCCCAAGUUCGUCACGGACCGGAUGUUCAAGAACAUUAACACCGGAGGACCCAUGACCAUCGAUAAUUUCUCCCACAAGCCCGAGUUUGCCGAUGAGAUCCUCAAAGCCGCGGCUGAGAUGGGUUACAGGACUGCCGGAUUGCACGGCGAGAAGCAGACGGGAUUCAUGGUCGCGCCGAUGCUUACGCAGGACGGGCUCAGAGGCACUACGUCGAGAUAUUACUUGAGACCUGUAGCAGGCAGGUCAAAUCUCUACGUACUGACCAACGCCCACGUGACGAAGGUUCUGACGGAGCCCUGGAGUAAACGCGCCACCGGUAUCGAGCUCAUCGACAACGAAGGCAAGAAGCGCAAGCUCAUGGCCAACAAGGAAGUAAUCCUCACCGCCGGUGCGAUCGGCUCCCCUCAGAUCCUCCUGCAGUCGGGCAUCGGUCCCAAGGAGGACCUCGAAGAGCUCGACAUACCUGUCGUUAAAGACCUGCCGGUCGGUAGGAACCUGCAGAACCACGUGUCGAUCGGCAUCAAGAUGACGAUCAAGGACGACUACUACGAAACCCUAUCGCUCGACUCGGUAAACGAGUUCGUGUUCAACCGCAGCGGACCGGUCGCCAGCACAGGCUUGACCCAGGUCACGGCUUUCCUGGAGAGCAGCUUCGCGACCCCCGGCGUCCCAGACAUCCAAAUCUUCUUCGACGGCUUCAGCUCGAGCUGCGUGCGCACAGGUCUGGACAUCGAGUGCCCGGACGGAUCGAUCGGCACCUGUCCCGGUCGUCGGGAAAUCGUCGCCAGGCCAACGGUCGUCAUCGCCAGGAGUCGUGGCUACCUCACCCUCAGGUCCAAAGACCCGCUGGAUCAUCCGCUCAUCUAUCCGAAUUACUUCACCAAUGAGACCGACAUAAAGAUACUGAUUGAGGGCAUUAAGAAGGUGGUAGAACUCACGAAAACUAAAACGAUGAAGAAGUGGGACAUGAGGUUGGAAAUGAAGCCGCAUCCUUGGUGCUCGAGGUAUCACUUCUGCACGGACGCCUACUGGGAGUGCUUGAUCCGCGCGCAAACCGGUCCGGAGAACCACCAGUCGAGCACCUGCCGCAUGGCUCCCGAGGCCUCCGGCGGCGUCGUCGACCACGAGCUCCGAGUCCACGGAGUGCCGAAUCUUCGCGUAGCCGACGCUUCGGUCUUCCCUGUGCUGACUAACGCUAAUCCUGUCGCGCCGAUUGUCGUCGUCGCCGAGAAGGCGGCCGAUAUGAUUGUCACGCACUGGAAGAAGGUGCAGCAGCGAGUCGAUGGAUCCGCUAGGGCUUUCUAGAUGUGAUGUGUGGAAUUGUCAUAGUUUCUUUUGACAAUGCUGGAACUUGUUUUGCUACUCGAUUUUGUUUUUAGCUAUGUAUACUGAGUAUGUAGUUAUUGAUGCGAGUGUUACUCGCGAUGUGAUAUGUAAUUUUUCGGUACUGUACAGCGCAAUUAUAGCGUAAACGUUGGAUUUAAACUUUUUCCAUGAUUUUGUGCAUCGUUAGCAAUAAACUUUUUGAAGCAAAGA